AUGGCAGCUAUACUUAUGCAGUGCUCGGAAAGCGACACGGAAUCUAUGUUAUCGUCUGACGAGAGUUAUGAAAUCGAAGAGUAUGAUGACAAUGAGAGAUGUCACGAUUUUGUUUUAGAGUGCCAGGGACAAAUUGGCCCAUACAGGUUUGAACCUGCAAGAAAAGUACGCGAUGUUGUGAAAAUGAUGAUUCUAGUGGUUGUUAUCUUUGCAACCUGCUGGCUUCCGGUUCAUAUCUACUUCUUACUGGGACGAAGCUACAGCGAUGUAUUGUACAGUCAUCCUAAUGCCCGUGAGAUUUACAUGGCUGUGUUUUGGUUGGGAAUGAGUAAUUCAAUGUACAAUCCGUUCAUCUACUGCUGGCUGAACGAUAGAUUCCGACGCGGCUUCAGGAAGGCCCUUCGGUGGCUGCCGUGUUUCAAAUGGGCGCCAGGUGAACGGGUCGAUUCUCAACGACCAGCAACUCUGAGCGGCACCUAUAGUACCAGUCAGGGGAUGAAAUUGAUGAGAAAUGGAUCAGAAAUGACAACAACGGUCGAAGAAUCCAUGUUGGAAAACAAGCUUUGA